AUGGCCAAGGAUUUCUCAACGGCGCGAAACGAAUUUCCAGAUUUGAGGGGUUUGGCGCACAAGCCCCCAACUGAUUAUCACUGUGGAAAGAGGUGUCAGAGAUCGAGUCAACUAAUUCGAAAAAUCAUAAAAACCGGGCAGCCGGCUGAGGCGGAACGUGCCUGGUGGGAUGAGGAUGAAUGGGAAGAAGGUCGCCGGAGAGCCCGUGGCGCUGAUUGGAGAGAUAAUGAGGAUGGAACGAGCAAUAGUCAUAAUAGUUUGCUAAUGAGGAAUACCGGCACAUCGAGACACAUUCUAGGAAUGACAGUAGCCGUUGAAUGUGACGAUGAGAAUGGGGAAUUCAACAGUGGUGGCUACUCACUGUGUACUACUUGUCGGGCGGUCCGUCACCUGCCGUCCAUCUACUUUCCACGUGUCAUCAAUGAGCUCAUUUGUUCACAGAAGGCGUGUCUGCGCGGCGAGGGAAAGUGCAUUCAGCGGGUGAUGCCGAUGAAGGUCCUUCGAAACAUCGGGACUCGCGAGUGCGCUCGCUGGCAAAUGAGCCAAAUCGACGUCCGGACGUGUUGCGACUGUAUGCUGAACCCAUCGUCCCCUCUUGUCACCUAUUUGUAG